UUCAAUUAAAUUUGUAGUUUAAAACAUUGUAGGAAUUGAGUGGUUUUUGGACAAUAUGAAGGAGAACGGUAGAAAGCAAGGUGCAAUGUCACCAUGCGCAGCAUGCAAGCUUCUACGGAGGAGAUGUGCGCAGGAUUGUGUGUUUGCUCCUUAUUUUCCAGCUGAUGAACCCCAGAAGUUUGCAAGUGUACACAAAGUUUUUGGAGCUAGCAAUGUCAACAAGAUGUUGCAGGAAUUAGCAGAGGAACAGCGCAGGGAUGCGGUGAGUUCGAUGGUGUACGAAGCGAAUGCAAGGGUGCGAGACCCAGUGUACGGGUGCGUAGGAGCCAUAUCAUCUCUCCAGCAGCAGGUUAACGUCCUCCAAACCCAAUUGGCAAUUGCACAGGCUGAGGUUGUCCAUAUGAGAAUGCGCCAAUACAAUUCUACCUCCUCCUCAAUUCCACCGCCAAAUAAUAAUGCCAAUAAUAAUACUAAUAAUAAUAAUGCCAAGUCCUUUUUUUCCAAUAUGGGAGAGUCUUUGUGGUCUUGCUAGCUUCCCUUUAAU